ACUACUAUAUAACAAAUAAUUUGAGAAUGUCGUCACCAGACUUCUACGAGAUAUUAUCAGAUGACGCUUUAGACAGCAUCAACCUACUGGGUGAUGGUAACCUUACCCCUCCUAUCAGUAUCUACAACACCUCCAUUGCGAGCAGCGUCAUCACCAUCUCCGGGCUACCCCUGGGACUGGUUGCCAUGUCUGUUAACUCCAUGCUUAUUUACAGUAUAUUAAAAACGAAUGGGGAGCAUCCCGCAACCUACGCAAUUUAUCUACACAUCGCAUUAUGCGAUUUUUUGAACGGAGUAGUGGGUGUGGUAACCGCUAGCUUCAUGCUCCAGAACAAGAGGAGUCCUAUAGAUCCAGUAUGGGCUAACGCGUUCUGUGCUUACUUUGCUCCUCUGCCAACUUGUGUCAUCAGAUUACUUCUCUACUUAAUGACUCUCAUGGCUCUUUUUAGGGUUCAUAUCUUGUAUUUACCAUGGAUGAGGCUGUCCAAAGCUAGAGUCUACUUGAUGAUAUUCCUGGUGUAUGUUGUAGCCUUCGCUCUCAGAGGCUGGCUGUCUCUAACCUCAGUUAAGACGAUGGCACUACCUGACGGCUGGUGUAUCUACUACACAAUAGACUUCAGCACCGAGGACCAGAUCUAUUAUGUACUAGCUGACGCGCUACCAGUAAUCCUCUGCUCUGUUGGAAUCAUGCUCUGCUUGACUAUCGUCCGGGCUAAAGUUAAAAAGAUUGCCGAACCCCGGAAAUUUGCCGUCAAUCGUUUCACCAGCGUUGGUUCAGAACUCAGUGAAUCCACCCCGCUUAUCAUUCAAAGCAGGGCCGCGUCAGAAGAUGAAAGUGACACUCGGCCCAUAAUCGUCGCUAAAAGUAUCGUUAAUAACAUUCUUGUGCUUUUCUUGGUGUGUUACAGUGCGGCUAUCUACAUUGAAGUACGACAUCUGUUGAUGGCGUUCAGGAUUUAUGAUUAUAGUUAUGUGAACUUCGAUGACCCGGAUGGUCCACCGAAAUUUGAUGACAUUUCGCUUAUCAUCUUCAGACUAAAGUUUUCGUUGACGAUAGCUUUCUCGAUAAUAAACCCUAUUCUUGUGUUUCGUGGUUCAUCUAUUUUCAGAAAUAAUAUAGGCGAACUUUUUGAUGUUGAUGAUUUUUCGUAUAUUGUGAGCAAUCGAAACUAAGUCUUCUUCGAAUACUACUGAUUUGAAACUUUCAUCGACUUGUUAGCACGAUCAUGCAAUGAGGGAAUCAUUUGAUUGUUUGAUGUCUAUAAAAGUGGCUACAAACGACACUGUUCGAUGUGGAUAAGUUUACAGAAAUCGUAUAACAGAAUUAGCCAACUAUUCUGCGGUGCUGAAUCGAGGAUUGGUGGAGUGAUUUCGGAGCAACAGAAACUAGUCAGAUCCAUAUUGUUAGAACACAGCUACCAGUUAUCUUACCCGGCCCCCAAAUCAAGUUAUCGCGCUGGCUCGGGCGAGAAAGCAAACUGGAGAAAACUGAAAAAUAUUCAGUAUAGAAUAUUCAGAAUAUUCAGUAUAGAUCUUUUGAUCUGCCAUUAUAAUCCACCAGUGGAUCCUAAAUUGCAUGUCAACGAUGUUAUAUAACCUUUGUCCUUUAUAUAUUGCCGUUUUUCUUACGAUUUUAAAUCUAAGCAAAUGAAGUCUAAGCAGAACUUCUAGACUUUCAUUUUUUUGAAAUCUAAUCAGUUUUGGUAUUGAUUAUUUGACAGAUAAACUAUAGUUAAUUUUGUUUUGAAAAUAAAAAGUCGGUAUUACAGCUUAGUCAAACUGUAAUGCUGACUUUACAUUUUCGAAACAGUUGACUGUUUGUGGCAUAUGUAAGGGAGAUUAUUUAAAAGUGAAUCUAAGUGCCAGAUAAGGUUGAAGAUUUGAUACUUCAUUAAAUGAAUGAAAAUAUCAUUUUUAUGUUGAAUCUAAAAUUGGCUAUGACCCAAAACUCAAAUCGAAGCCAUCCUUAAAAUUUAAAUUAAAUAUCAAAGGAUGAUUCGCAGUGACCCUUACUUGAGAUUUCGGUGUAUCCAGCAAAUGAAUUUGUAUAUAUCCUAUUUGUGAUCAUAUUGAAGCAUGUUUCAAUGAUGAAAUAAUUGAUUAUAUUUUUAAAACUUGAUGACUGAUGACUGAUUACAUAGCAAGUGAUACGAAAACUUACCGGUGUAAUGUUAUCAAAAGUUGGUCGGAUCAGUCAUAAUUCAUACAACAGGUUUUUUCAAUGACUUGGUGGGUGUCCGUGUAGCGAAUAUUGGAUUUAAACCGCUCAUGUUAUUCUUUGUUGAUACUAUCCUGCAAAUUCAAUGUGGCAUGUUUUAGUCAUGAAUCAUUAUUUGUGAUAGAAUUUAAUCAUUUGUGUUAACAUCUUGAUUUGAAGGUGAUGUUUAUUACCAAAAUAUCUCACUGAGGCAUUUUGGUGGAGUGUGAUAAGUUUAUCAGUGAUUUAUACAUACUUUUGGUUGUUCUUUGAUGGUUUUAUCCCCUUUUAACAGAUCAGUCUUUUGGACGAUAAUUUUUGGGGGCGGAUUUUACUCAUAACUGCUGUAAGCUUUAUUAUGUUUAAUCGUAUGUGGAGGGGAGUUCGAACAAACUUGAAAUGAACUCUGAGUGAACCAAUUGUCACAAAAUUCAUGUUUAUUGUAUAAAUUAUUUUUGUAACUUUUUCUAUCAAAAGUCGAAA